GGCUGCGUUUGUGUAGUGAAAUUAUUCGAAGAAGAAGGCGGCCCCCCAAUUGAGGAAAAUGGCCGACGUUGAGAUGGAUAUCGCGUCCAGAAGAAUGAAUUAUGGCAACGAACACGUAAAGCAAGAUUUGGAAAGCCAUGAGAGAAGUGGAAAUGAGGACAGUGGGGAUGUGUCUGAGGAAGAGGAGGAGGAAGAGGAGGAAGCAGAAACUAACGGUGAGAAGACUGAAGAGGGGUCCAAACAUCACAGCAGUGGUGGUAAACACAAGAGGAAGAAACACAAGCACCGGAGUAAGCACAAAAAACACAAGCAUGCCUCUGAUGAAGACAAGGACCGCAAACGCAAGCAUCGACACAAACACAGGAAACACAAACGCAAGGAGGGCUCUCCUCCCUCUGGUGCUGUCAUCUUUGGCUCCUCUAGCCACAGAAAGACUGAAUCUUCUCCUUCCUCUGGAAAUCCCAGUCUGGAUGACAGGGCCUUGCUAGAGGAUUUGGAGAAACAGAGGGCCAUGAUCAAAGCUGAGUUGGACAGCCAGUUGAUGGAGGGCAAGGUGCAGUCAGGCAUGGGUUUGAUCCUUCAGGGUUAUAACUCUGGAUCAGAGGAGGAUGGAGAUGCUCGGGUCAGAAAUGGAGAGCAGCGCCAAAGGGGCAGCUCAGGUAAGCCCAUAUCUCCCAGGGCAGGAAGAAGUGGCAAAUCCAGACGGGACUCAACAGAGGUCAGUAAGUCCAGUUCCAAGCGUCACAGUCGGAGUAGGUCUAAGGAGAAGCCAGCCAAGGAGUCUAAGCCGGAUAAGGUGACCAAAAGCAGCAAAGAUGCAGCUGUUAAAGACAAAGGCCACGCUAGGAGCCGGUCAAGAGACAGAAAGCGUUCACGUAGCGCUGACAGGUCCAAAGAGAGAAGCAGGAAGUCCAACUCUCCCUCCAGCAGGAGAGCUGAGCAGAGAGGUAGUCGCUCUGAAAAACGUUCCUCUCCGCAGCCUGAUGACAGACCAAACCAGGAAAGAGCCAGCCGCAGGUCCAGAUCACCUGGACGGGAGCGGCCAAGUCGCUCAGACGCUGACCGGGACAAGCGGCCAGCCAAGUCUCCAUCCAAGGAUGCUUCAUCAGGCAAGGAGAACCGUUCCCCCCAUAGACGAGCGCCUCACAGCUCCCCGAGGAGGCGCAGUGCUUCCCCCCGCCAUAAAGAUGCCCAUCAGUCCUCUGUCAGUGCCUCAGACAGGGCAUCGAAGCAGAGCCAUUCUCCUUCUAGAACAAGGUCUCCCAGGAGGGGACGCAGCCGCUCACCAGACACCAGGAGGAGGGAUGCUGACAGGCAGGAGUCACCACUGAGGAAGCGCUUGCGCGCCGAUGUAGGGCCAGGCAGAGACCGGUCACGAGACACCAGCCCCAGAUCAUCCUCUCGCCGCAGGAUGAGUCGCUCGCCUCUAAGACGGAGGUCUCCAUCACCACGACGUCACUCCCGCUCCUCCCCCCGCAGGCGGAGCAGGUCUCCGCUGAGACACAGGUCUGGGGAGAGGGACAGAUAUGGAAGGCUCAGACAGUACCGACGCUCAAUUUCCCGGGAUCGGGAGAGGAAGAGAAGGCGCAGCAGAGAUGAGGACAAGUUCAAGGGCAGCCUUUCAGAGGGCAUGAAGGCUGACCAGGAGUCCUCAGAGGAAGAAGUGUUGGACGACUUUGAUGGUGAGGAAGUAGAUGAAGAGGCUCUCAUUGAACAGCGCCGCCAGCAGCGCAUGGCCAUUGUCCAGAAAUAUAAGGUGGGGAAUGAGGAUACCAACAUGGUGUCAGAGCCCAGCAGCCCUCAGAGCAGCACACGCAGCCGUUCGCCCUCACCCGACGACAUCUUGGAGCGAGUAGCCGCAGAUGUCAAGGAGUACGAGCGUGAGAACCUCAACACCUUUGAGGCCAACAUCAAAGCCAAGCACAACCUCAUUGCCCAGGAGAAAGAGGGAGCCAACCCAAAGAAGCCCUCAGCACCUGAUAUGUUUACAGAGUCAGAUGACAUGUUUGCAGCAGACUUUGAUAGUGCCAGGAUGAGAGCAGCUGGUGUGGGGAAGGACUUCAAGGAGAACCCUAACCUCAGGGACAACUGGACUGAUGCUGAGGGUUACUACCGGGUGAACAUUGGGGAGACACUGGACAAGCGCUAUGAUGUGUACGGCUACACGGGCCAGGGUGUGUUCAGCAAUGUGAUCAGAGCCAGGGACACUGCCAGAGCCGGCCAGGAGGUGGCAGUCAAGAUCAUCCGAAACAAUGAGCUCAUGCAGAAGACUGGUUUAAAAGAAUUGGAGUUCCUCAAGAAACUUAACGAUGCUGACCCUGAUGACAAAUUCCACUGCCUUCGUCUCUUCAGGCACUUUUACCACAAGCAGCAUCUGUGUUUGGUGUUUGAGCCCCUCAGCAUGAAUCUGCGAGAGGUGCUGAAGAAGUACGGCAAAGAUGUUGGCCUCCACAUCAAGGCUGUGCGCUCCUACAGUCAGCAGCUCUUCCUGGCUCUCAAGCUGCUCAAACGGUGUAACAUCCUCCAUGCUGACAUCAAGCCGGAUAAUAUCCUGGUGAAUGAGUCAAAGACCAUCCUGAAGCUGUGUGACUUUGGUUCUGCAUCACAUGUUGCUGACAAUGACAUCACACCAUACCUGGUCAGCAGGUUCUACAGAGCUCCAGAAAUCAUCAUAGGGAAGCCGUAUGACUAUGGUAUUGACAUGUGGUCUGUCGGCUGCACUUUAUACGAGCUCUACACUGGCAAGAUCUUGUUUCCUGGAUCUUCCAACAACCACAUGAUCAAACUGGCCAUGGACCUCAAGGGCAAAAUGCCCAACAAGAUGAUCCGUAAAGGCCUGUUCAAAGACCAGCACUUUGAUCAGAAUUUGAACUUCCUGUACAUUGAAGUGGACAAAGUGACAGAAAGGGAGAAGGUGACAGUGAUGAGCACCAUCAACCCCACAAAGGACUUGCUGGCAGAUAUGGUGGGCGGCCAGCGACUGCCUGAGGACCAGAGGAAGAAAGUGAUGCAGCUCAAAGACCUGCUGGACGGCACGCUGAUGCUGGACCCAGCCAAACGCAUCAGCAUCAACCAGGCUCUGCAGCACCCCUUUAUCCAGGAGAAGAUCUGACACACAGAAAACCACAUUCGACCGGAGCAGACUCCAGAGACCAGCUCUGACAUGAACUCUGCAGUGAGGCAGCCAACACACAGACUGAUUUAGAAUGUCAUAGUUUUUUGUUCUUCCUCUACCUGGUUUUGUUUAUGGAUACAUAAUCUUGUUUUAUUGUAAAUAGACCAUUGAAAUAGUAGCCAUUCUUGGAAACCUUGAUUUUUGUGAUUAUGGUUGUAAACUUGCCCCCAUACCCGGCAAUGCAGUUAUGGACUUUUUCUAUUUAACUGACAUUGAAGUGACUGAUGUUUAAAAAAAAAAAACAGAAAAAAGAUAUAAUUCUUGUAAAUAUGUCUAUUGCAUUAUUGAUGAUCUCAAACAUCAGCCAGUUGGGUUUUGUCGUAGUUGCAGAUGUCAGAUAAUGGCACAUCUUUUCUUUUUCUGUUUUUUUUUUCUUUUUUUUUUCUUUUUUUUUAAUGAUCACAUUGCUCAUUGUGGGGCGAUGCAUGCUUUUGAAUGUGCACCCUUUGUGCUCUAGAUUUCUGUGGUGCAGGCCUGUGUAAACGCUCUGUAUGUGCAUCAGUGUCCCACGUGUGACGGCACUCCACCCCUCCACCACUACCCACAUCCCCACCCUGACAAAUCCCCAGGCAUGAAGCCUGAGCUGAAGAAGGAAUAGACUAUGUUCUCCUCUCCCUGAACCAUACAGUUUCUCCAUCUCAAAGCAGGUAGUCAUCGUUCUCUGUUGAUGGACAGUUCUGUUUUUCCAACACUUUGGCUAGGUCCUGGCUCUUAAGGCUCUCACAUUUAAGUGCCUCUUGUAUGAGCCUAGUUUGUUAAACACCACAACGCUGGCUUAUUAAAGCCACACCUGUAACCUUCCUCUCCCUUCGUUGUAUAUAGUCCAUUGUUAUAGUUUCAUGUACGAUUUGUUUGUUUUUUUCCAUUAAGUGGUAAAAAAUGUGAUUUCAAUAAAGAAUAGUUGUGAAAACGCUGCUGAAAGAGCACCUUCAGUGUAACACAACUUUUAGUAAUAAAAAAAAGUUUCAUAUUCUAUA